AUAGAAUAAGUAGUGCCACGUGAUAAACGAAGAAGAGGGAGAGACGUUAAGGGGAAAGGGCUCGGAGGGAGAAGGACAACAGAUGUCCUACUGUAUGACGCACGGGGAUAUUUAGCCUUCGCGAGGAUAGUCGUUGCCUUGUUCCUGCACGUUGCGGAAGUAUAGUGGUUACGAAAAAAAGAGGUUAAUUUCGCUCUCUCUUCCUCUCUCUCUCUCUUUUCUUUCUCUCUUUCUCUCUCUUUUCCUCUAUCUCUUCUUUUCUCUUCUAUCACGCGUGCCAAAACAAGAUUUAUUUCCGAAAGGAUUCUCCUUCAAAUUACAAGAUAAUCCUCGAUGAUGUGCGAGAUUUCGAAGGUCCAACGAAGGAUCUUUCGCGAUCAGGACCCACCGCGAAUACGUGAGAAAGCAAAGGAUAAUCGUUUUUUGAAAAACGAAUCGGAAUUUUCCAAAUCUACGCCGAAUUCACCGACUGCAUUGCAACAAAGAGCUUCCACGGCCAGUUUGGAAAAGUGUUUGAGCGAGCCAGGAUUCUUAGAAAAAGAAUUGAAGAACGAGAAUUGUUCGAGAAUAAAGACAAAAGAAUUAGCUUCUUUUUCGUCAACCACGUCGUUAUCUCUGAAAGUUAACGCCGAUGAGAAACGAAAGGAAUCGUCUUCUUUUGUAUCGACGAACGUUCAAGAUUUCAUCGUCGAACUCUCUACGAAAGUGCCUUCCUCUUCGUCUUCUUCGCCGUCUUUCUCUUUUUGCGAUAAAAAGGUGAUUGCUAACGGUCUAAAGAACGAUUCCUCGGACAGCUGCGACGUUUUGACGAACGGAAGAAAAAUGGCACCGGUUUUGGGUGUCCCACCGCCACCACCACCUGCACCUCACAUGGGACCUGAUGGCCUAAUUUUACCUAGGAAACCUUACAACCCUUGCCUCACAUCUACCAAUCAUAAAGAUCUACGUAGAGAGUUACUUUUUAAUCAGAAAAUAGGUAGAAACGUGUUAAAUCAAAAAAGUGAGUUACAGAGAGCGUUAGAAAAGCAAAGAGAGAAUGCAUCUAGAAAAGAAGCUGAGAGAAUUCGUGAAGAAACUUUUAAAGAUGAUCCAAGGACAGCAUUGCAAAGGGCGAUAGAGCAAAGAGCAAAACAUAUUCAAAUAAUGCAAGAGCAAUCACAACCAACGAUGAUUGAGCCACCAAAUAAUCUCUUGAUAACGGCAAGAGCGAAAUUAAGACCGCGUACUGACUCGCAAUGAAUUAGAACAAAUGUGGAAAUUGGAUCGAGUGAAACGUGAACAAAACUAACGAUCAUUACGUUUUCCUUAAUGGAUUUUAAUAUCGGACGAUCAUUUUUUUAGGACGUAAUUUUGUGUACAUAGAUAUACAUACAUACAACAUACGUACAUACAUACAUACAUACAUACAUACAACAUACAUACAUACAUAUACACACGUGCAUAUAUAUAUAUAUGCACAUUAAAGAUCAUUUUUUAGAAAAGCAGGACCAUAAACUCGCACUCCUUAUAGCCAUAGGUAACAAAAAAGGCAAACGCGCGUAUUUAAGGAAAAAAAAGAUAUGUAUGUUCCACAUGAGAAUGACGAGUUUGUAAUAUCUCUUUCUUUUUUUCAUUUGUAAAGAUUGAACAGAGAAAAAAGAUAGAAAUAACUUUAGACUAUUUUUAUGAGGAGUACGAUUCGUAGUAAACGUUCAUACAUAGAUAGUUCAAUGAUAAAAUACGAAUCGUUGUAUCGACUGUUAAAUGUCGAUAUUAAUUGCCCUACAAGUUGCUUUCUAUUUAAACGUGGAAGUAUUAUGAUGAUGACGACGACGACGACAAUGAUGAUAAAGAUGAUGUAGAUUCGUGUUCAACAGACAAAGACGAAUUUAUUUAUAAUGAUAGUCUCUACACCAUGGUGAGAGAUUCUUCCGUGCCUCUACAUGGACUCGUUGCUGUUAGUUGGGACACACUAUACUUUCACUUGAUAAUAACCAUGAACCAUGAAAAAAAAAGUGUGUGAAAUUUACUCGACUCGUAGAAAAAAAUGUCGAUUUUCUUUUUCUUUUUCUAUCAAUUUUAUUAACUCUAUUAAAGAAGGACCAUAACUCUGACGCUUUCGGCUAAUAAAAUAUGUAAUGAUUUUUAAACUUUCUGAAUCUGGUAUAAUUUAUAGUCAGGCAAGCGGUCGAGACGCAAACACUGAAAUAAUAAUAAUUUUUUUUUUGGGUGAAACAUAGAGAGAAUAUUGAAAUCAAUAUCUUGGGACCAUACACAUAACGCAAGAUUGGAUGAUAAAGAAGAAGGCCUUAAAUGAAGUAGCAAAGCCAGAUAUAUGAUAUAAGAUUUUGUGGAAGAGAAAAUAUAUAUCUGUAUUGUAUCAUACCGUUUCAUAUAGUAAUAGUUAAUUAAUAAGUAGAAGCAUGUGGUUAUUGAUAAUGCAUACUGUUUCAAGACUGAAGGAACAUGGACGAGAUCAAGGCUUGAAUAUUCUAAUAUGUUUUAAAUUACUAUAUAGCGAAUUAAACAAUAUGAAAAUAGUAUCUAUUUGACGCACUUAUCAUCUCAUUGAUCUGAAAUAUCGUUGAGUAUAUAGUUCUCUUGAUAUAUAUAUAUAUAAUUAUAAUGAAAUCGUUUUUUGUAUCACUGCCACGUUUUCUGCACUAAAAUUUGUUUAUUGUUCGAACCAAGUUAAAUACAAUAUAUCAAGAGCGUGACGAUUAUCACAGUGGUACAAUUAAAAUUUCAAAUAUAUUUUAUUUCAUAUAGUGAUCUAUAAAACAUUCCUGUCAUUUCCGAUAAUAUAUAGGAGAAAUCAACAAUAAAGAGAAUACAAAAGCUAUUAAGAGAAAAACUCAA